UUUGAAAUUUCCGAUUACAGUUGUUUCUGAGCCCAGAUGACGGCGUCCACUCGCAGCACCGUGUUGUCCCUGUACAUGCGAGUGUUUCGCAUUGCUCGAACCUGGCAGGCCCAGAGUGGAGUUACAGGAGACACAGAGACGGAGAGAAAAUACAUCCUUCAGGAGGCGCGCACAUUGUUCAGACAGAACCAGCAGCUGAAGGAUCAAGAAUCAGUAAAGAAGUGUUUAGAAGAAUGUGAAGCAAGGAUAGAAAUAGGUCUACAUUACAGGAACCCAUAUCCAAGAGCUACGUAUCUUCCACCAAUGGGACUGGCGACGCAGAAAGGAAGGAAGCUGCGAGCACAGCAGCGCCUGAGGAAGCAGGCCAAGCCAAUUUACUUACAGUCACAGGACGAGACCUGAUGCACUCCUCGCCAAGGAGUUCAAGUUACCAAGGACAGGAAACCAGAGUGCAGCCACAGGCUGAUCUCAUCUCCUUAUUUGUUGCUAGCACUCAAUGAUGCAAGAGCAACCGUCAUUCAAAAAGAAACAUUUAGGCACCGUUAUUUUUCUCUGUAAACGGUGGAAAGCAAGAGUUCAAACUGUGGCUGGACAGUGAGGGCUUCUUCUCAAGAAGACGGUCAGCUUGGAGUGACCUGUAAUAUAAGAUCAAGUUGUAUUUGUUAUUUAUAUUUCAUGAUUCUGUUUAGAGUCAUACAGAGAGGGCUGGUGUUUUAAUUGUGUCAAAAAUAAAUAUAUAUCGGGCGCUGGUGGCGCAGUGGUUAGUGCAUGCCCCAUGUAUGGAGGCUGUGGUCCUCCAUGCGGGCGGCCCAGGUUCGAAUCCAGCCUGUGGCUCCUUUCCCGCAUGUCUUUUCCCCCACUCUCUCUCUCCCUGAUUUCUGACUCUAUCCACUGUCCUAUCUCUACAUUAAAGGCACAAAAAGCCCCCCCAAAAAAUCUUUAAAAAACAAAAAUACAUUGAUUGAAACUAUCUGUUUUGAUGCGUAACUCAACUGUAAAGAAGCUAAUAAAGUCAUAUUGAAAAUAA